ACCGGUUUGACAGCUUCUGUUGCAGUGUGUGUGUCCUGUGACGUGAGUGUUGUGCAGCAGGUGUGUGUGUGAAGGUGUGGACUCUGCUAUGCAUCAGUGGGAGGACAGAGAGGAGGGAGUCCCUCCCUCUAAAACCUCUCUGUGUGGGGAACAUGACAGCCAGACCAAAGCUCAGAGACCAGACUCACCUGGACCGGGACCUGGACCGGGACCUGGACCUGGACCGGCAUCUGGACCUGGACCCAGCUGUGUGUCCAUGAAGAGUAACAUGUCGAAGGCAACCGCGAUAGAUUUCAAAGAUGGAGUUCAGUCUCUUAGGAUCCAUCAGCAGAGAGCUGACUCUCCUCGAGCUGGACCGGGACCUGGACCCAGCUGUGUGUCCCUGAAGAGUGACAUGUCCAAGGCAACCGCAAUAGAUUUCAAAGAUGGAGUUCAGUCUGUUGAACUAAGGUGA